AUGUAUAAUAGCAAUUGCACAUUCUACCGUUUAGUAUUGAAAGGCCUCCCAUAUAAUGUAACCAAAACAGAAAUUUUAACUCUGUUGCAAAAUUAUAAAACAGAUAUUUCAGACGUUAUACUUAACACUGGCUAUGCUUACGUUGACUUCCACUCAGAAAGUGUUUUAAGGAAGGUUAAGGAUUUUGUCAGGGGUAAAUAUAUAGGAAAUAGGCCUGUAGUUGGGAAAUUGUAUGUACAACACCCGGAAUACCAAUAUAGAACUUCUUGGAGAAGGGAGACAUCACGUAGACAUAUAUAUGAACAUUAG